GCGAAAAUCUACCGGUUAGCAUUUUGGCUAGCAGGUUCUUCACACAGCGUUAAAGAAAUGCUGGUUCUCGAAACAUUCACAACUUAUUUAUCCUUAUGGACUAAUUAAUCGCCCGCUUAUAUACUUGUGCAAUGCCUGCAUUUUCAAAGCGCAAAAGGAGCACGAGGGGCUUGUCGUUUCCACCGGACGUCAAGGACACGUGGGACAGAAGGGGAACCUGCGAGAUGCCGCAAGCCGCCAAGUCGUCAUGGGAUAGAUGCGGGGACAGCUUCUUGGACGUGCCUGUGACCGAGAAACACGAUGCUACAAGACGGACGAGCCUUGUGCUGCGGCAGCUGGCGCAGACGUCACCAUCUGGAGGCGAGGACCCUGUCCACAUCGCCUGGACGUCGAGCGAGGACGAGGACGCUGAUGAUGAGCGCCCACUUAGGCUUCCUUUCGCAGCCGCAAAGGCCACUCGGAGAUCCAGAGUGACGCUCAGCAGAUACAGCCGCUUCCUGAGCGCAGGAGCAGACACAGACGAGCUUCCCAGCAUCGAUUCAGAAAGUGAGCACGAGGAUGUUUCUACUUCAAAGGACCAAAUUUGUGCGCAUCAGGUGGCGGCUGAGAUCUUGGACUACUCGUCGUCUAGCGAUGGAGAUGCCGACACCAGCCGUCUGGACCGUCUGGCUCAGGAGCCGCCAGAGCAGCCCCAGAGGUCCAUCAGCGAGUGGCUCCGAUCGGCCCAAGCUCUGCUCCAGACGCCUCCGAGACGAACAGACAAGCACACGAAGACACCAGAGGACUCUGGGAAAAAGAAGCGCAAAUUUGAAAGAGGGGGACUCGCAGAGAGACUGAACAGGCUGCAGUGUCGACAAAGGUCAGCCAUAAGCUUCUGGAGGCAUCAGCCUGUGUCUGGAGUUACCACUGGGGCAGAGGAGAGACCGGGCGUGUUAGUACUCCGUGUCCAGAACACGUGGGAGGUUUGCGGGAUGCGGGCAGCGCUCUGCUGGAGACACCCCGAAGGCGAGACGUGCGUCGCUCUCUUCAGCAAGGAAACGGCUGCACAGCUGGCACCCGGCGCCGGCGACACCGUCCACGUCCAUCCGCCGUGGCAAAGCCUGACUGUUGACGGCGAGCCCCAUCCCAUCAUUCUCAACACGCAUUUCAGUCAGAAAGUUUUGGCAGAGACGAAGCAGGACGACGGUGUGACCUGCUCGAUGGUCCUGGGCCUCAAGGAGAAGACCAAGCCAUAUCCUUUAACCAGGUGCUUGUGGAAAAGAGAAGAACAUUUUAAGUCUUCUCCGGCAUCCGGUUCAAUAAAACAUACGCAGAGGGAUGCAGGAGGUGCAUUUGAGUCCAUCCUGGAGGCUUUGGAGGCUUGUAAGGCCUCAGGCUCUGCAUGCGGUCCUGUGGAGGCGGUGGUCCAGAGGGUCUAUUUCGAGUCCGUCGUAGAGUUUCCUCACACCGGCUUACCCAAACACCGAACUCUUAGUGGGUGUCUCUCUGGAAAAGCGCCUCGAAGGCGUGUCGACAGGUGUUGCAUCCUGGUGCAGGACGUUUAUGGAAUGUUCAGUGAGGUGGAGAUGCAGUACGCAUCUUCAGAUGAGGACCUAAACAACUUGACGGAGCAGCUGCAGGGAAAACUGUGUCUACUCCAGGGAUUGAAGGUGCUCCAGCGCCUCACUCGAGAGAGAUGUGCUCAGGUCUUCAGUUUGAUUGACAGUUUGUGGCCUCCUGCGGUUCCUGUGCGAGUUCUUGGAGAAGAUUCAUGCUGUCAGACCGGUACAGCAGCAGCACCGAGUUUUUGUUACAGACUGGCAGGGGCGCGGGCUUCCGUGCUCCCUAAACUCGAGUCGCCGCUGUACCGCCCGCCUUUAAUCCAGACCCUCAGGGAGAUCCUGCAGGUCGAGCCCGUGUGUCGGCGAUGCAGCUUUAAGGGUACUUUGGUUUAUAAGCGAGAGCAGCCUGCUGAAGAAGAGGAGCUCUCGCUGUUUGUGACAGACUCGAGCCUGCAGGACCAACAGAACUCGGGAACCGUUAAGAGAACCCUACCUGUAUACGUGAGCUCCGCAUUCCUGCUCCGGCCGUCGGUUCGUCAGGCCAUCGCCGCGCUCUCGCCGCACUUCAGGCCGAGACUCAUCUUCAGGGACGCUAUGAUAGACCGGGGGAAGAUCAUCGUCUCGGUACAGACCGUGGUUCAGCUGGACACAGAACGACCCCAGAUUCAGGAUGUUUCUUCACCCCAGGCUGUUCUGCUGGACGAACUGAGCCCCGAAAGCCCAGCCGGUUCUCUCUGCACCGUUAACGGAGUGGUGACGGACAUAGACGAGAGUUCUGCUUUCUCGUGGCCAGUCUGCAGUUGGUGCGGAGGCGACGCGCUAGAGGCAGUAGAAGAUAAACAAGACGUGUUUUUGUGUGUCGCGUGCGGAGUCGUGGACAAACCACGACAAAAGAUGCAGCUGGAAGUGUUCCUCAGCUGUCCCUCCCCGAGUCACUGGACCGUCAGGGUUAAGCUACAGCAAAACUCCAUCAUGUCCCUCCUAAACUCGACAGGACCUGCCGAGGGUUACGAGGUGGAGGCGGUGCUCGGCCAGAGCGUGGGUCCCCUGAGCGCCUUCAUCCACGUGGUCACCCGCUCUUCUGCCCUCUGGAUGGGUUUAGAGGAGAUCACACUCUGUGACCCAGGGGGUCACUAAAUACAUGUGUGUCUCUCACCUCCUCUGGUCUUUUUUUUUAUUAUUAUUAUUAUUUACGGUGUAAUAAAUCUGGGGCCAGGUCUCGCGUUGUGUCAUGUAAUGUCGGCUAAAGGUCAAGCUGUGUUAACAUAUCAUAAGGUCUCCUGUGUGAAGAGUGGUUGUUAUUAAUAGGAUUCGGAAAGGAGGUGAAAUGUUGUUGUUGUUCUCAGAAUAACCACCUGAGCCACAUGUUUAUGUGAAAUAAAACACUUCUAGAGUCUAAA